AUGAGUUCAAAUAACGUGGAUUAUUCAUUUACAAAUCCAACAUGGAAUCUACCUUCGGUAGACAAUUCAGCUAUGCAACCUGGCACGUAUGAUAACUCAUAUGCAGUUAAUGAACCAAAUUUAGAUCCUGACAUGUCAACUUGGAAUAAUACACAAUAUGUUCCUCCAAAUGCUAAUCGUGGAGCAUAUCCUCCAACAACAAAUCAAGAAUCAGGAGAAUAUUUUAAUCAGCCCGGACCUCCUACUCAAGCGUAUCAACAACCAGAAGAAUAUAUGAUGCAACCUAAUUUUCCUCAGUCUUAUCAACAACCAGAUCAACAAUUUAUGCAGCCUGGUCCUCCUCCUGCAGCUCAAUAUUAUCAACAACCUGGUCCUCCUCCUCCUGCGCCUCAAUAUUACCAACAACCUGCUCCUCCUCCACCUCAUCAAUCCUAUCAACAAUCUGGAGAACAUUUUAUACAGCCUGGUCCUCCUCCACCUCCUCCUCAAUCUCAUCAACAACCUGGUGAACGUUUUGUGCAGCCUGGUCCUCCUCAUCCUUCUCAAUCUUAUCAACCACCAAAUAUUUCACAUCAAAAUAAUGGAAAUUAUAAUAAUGGUUUUGAUUUUAAUGCCAAUGCAAAUGCAAAUGAUCAAUAUAGUAUGCCGAAACAAUCACGUCCUAAUGGUUAUUCUAAUGAACAAAAUGUUAAUCGGGGACCUAAUCUCCCUCGAAUCCCACAGCCAGUGCAAAAGCGUUCACCAAAUAUUGAUCAUAAUCGUCCAGGAUUUUUUACAGAUUAUGGAUCGAAUAGAGAAAAUCAUAAUUCUCAUUCUCCAAAUCAAUCACCCAUCUCAAAUCGUUUUGACCAAAAAUCAAAAUCACGUGGUAGUCCGACAAAAGAUUAUAGUUUUGAUUUAAUGCAUUCAAGUGUUAAUCGUCCAAAUAAUUUCAAGAUUCAUGAAUAUCUUUAUGGACUUUCAGCGCCUGAUCCUGGUAGUUAUGUAAAUGCAUAUAAAAAUCAACGUCGUCGUUUAGAUGAUGAAAAAGCCAAUCAUAAAUCAGUUAUAACCGAAUAUAAAAGUUUUGUACAAAAUGGUGGUUUUGGUCCUGCUGCAUUUGGUAAAACUCCUCAACAAACCUACGAAGAAAAACUUGACACAGAGAAAAAGAGAAAGUCGUAUUCAAAACAAGUUCAGGAAAUAAAUCACAAGAAAAUUGAAGAACAAAAACGUAUUCGUAAUAAUGGUGGAUCACCACAAACUCGAGCAUAUGCUCCACCUACACUGAGACGACCACGCCCACAGGUACUUACUUCUCAAUUUCUAUUUACACCAGAAGUAAAAGAAUUCGAACGUAAACUCAAACGUGAACACGAUGCCAAUUGUAAAUGUUCUUUACAUGCAAAACCGUUUCAAUCACUAGCUUGA